GCGGCGCGGGGUUGAGAAGGUGCGCGAAGCUGGCGGCGAAGGGGUUGGCGGCCAGCGGCUCGGUGCGGUACAUCUCCCAGAGCAGGUAGAGCGCCGUAAGGCGCUGCGCCGCGCUGGGCAGCAGGUCCGGCUGCUGGAGCAGCAUGACGAGCACCGAGCCCAAACGGAAGUGGUCGGCCUUGCUGAAGUAGUGGUGGAAGGCGGUGGACAGGCCCUCGAAGGUGCUGCCGCCGCCCGCCUCCUCCGAGAUGAUGCUUAGCAGACUCGAGAGCUCCUUCGGGGUCAAGCUCAUCCUGCCCGCGGGGCCCCCAGGGCUUCCCCUCCCGGACCCGGGGCCGCUUGCUCCACCUCUGUCGCCACUGGAGCCCCCGAAGCUGCUCCUGGACGCCGACCCUGACGCUUCCUGGGACCCUCUCUGCUCCGCGGCGGUGAGAAGCCGGCCAGACGCCGUGCUCGCCCCUCCGCCGGGCAUCAACCUUGCUCUCCUUCCCCGCUUCCCGGCCCGAAGGGCCCUGGCGCCGGCUGGCUCCGUCCCCGCGGCCGUAAAGCGCGCUGUUACACGACAGCGUCGCAAACAAAACACGUCGGGGAAACCAGACCGCCGGGGAGAGGGCCAGCGCCCUGCUAAAGCGAGGCUGACGGGGCGAAGCCAGCGACAGCUUGUGGAGACGCGGGGCUGGAAUGCAGUGGAGUGCAUAAUCAUGGCUACUGCAGCCUCAAACUCCUGGGUUCAGACGAUCCUCCUGCCUCAGCCUCUCAACUAUUUGGGACUACAGAGAUCCAUCUGCUCGCCCAUGAAAAGUUCUGGUCCGGAAGGUUCUGUCGGUUCCCCCAGUUCUGGGUACCCGGCUCUGCAUCGCGCCGCCAUGAUGGGCCAUCGUCCCGUGCUCGUGCUCAGCCAGAACACAAAGCGUGAAUCCGGAAGAAAAGUUCAAUCUGGAAGCAUCAAUGCUGCCAAGACUAUUGCAGAUAUCAUCCGAACAUGUUUGGGACCCAAGUCCAUGAUGAAGAUGCUAUUGGACCCAAUGGGAGGCAUCGUGAUGACCAAUGAUGGCAACGCCAUUCUUCGAGAGAUUCAGGUCCAGCAUCCAGCAGCCAAGUCCAUGAUUGAAAUUAGCCGGACCCAGGAUGAAGAGGUUGGAGAUGGGACCACAUCAGUAAUUAUUCUUGCGGGGGAAAUGCUGUCUAUAGCUGAGCACUUCCUGGAGCAGCAGAUGCACCCAACAGUGGUGAUCAGUGCUUACCGCAAGGCAUUGGAUGAUAUGAUCAGCACCCUAAGGAAAAUCAGUAUCCCAGUUGACAUCAAUAACAGUGAUAUGAUGCUGAACAUCAUCAAUAGCUCCAUAACUACCAAAGCCAUCAGUCGGUGGUCAUCUUUGGCUUGCAACAUUGCCCUGGAUGCUGUCAAGACAGUACAGUUUGAGGAGAAUGGUCGGAAAGAGAUUGACAUAAAAAAAUACGCAAAGGUGGAAAAGAUACCUGGGGGCAUCAUUGAAGACUCCUGUGUCUUGCGUGUAGUCAUGAUUAACAAGGAUGUGACCCAUCCACGCAUGCGACGCUAUAUCAAGAACCCUCGCAUUGUGCUGCUGGAUUCUUCUCUGGAAUACAAGAAAGGAGAAAGCCAGACUGACAUUGAGAUUACACGAGAGGAGGACUUCACACGAAUUCUCCAAAUGGAAGAAGAGUAUAUCCAGCAGCUCUGUGAAGACAUUAUCCAGCUGAAGCCUGAUGUGGUCAUCACCGAAAAGGGCAUCUCAGAUUUAGCUCAGCACUACCUCAUGCGGGCCAAUAUCACAGCCAUCCGCAGAGUCCGGAAGACAGACAAUAAUCGCAUUGCUAGAGCCUGUGGGGCCCGGAUAGUCAGCCGACCAGAGGAACUGAGAGAAGAUGAUGUUGGAACGGGAGCAGGCCUGUUGGAAAUCAAGAAAAUUGGCGAUGAAUACUUUACAUUCAUCACUGAGUGCAAAGACCCCAAGGCCUGCACCAUUCUUCUCCGGGGGGCUAGCAAAGAGAUUCUUGCGGAAGUAGAACGCAAUCUCCAGGAUGCCAUGCAAGUGUGCCGAAAUGUUCUCCUGGACCCUCAGCUGGUGCCAGGGGGUGGGGCCUCUGAGAUGGCUGUGGCCCAUGCCUUGACAGAAAAAUCCAAGGCCAUGACUGGUGUGGAACAAUGGCCAUACAGGGCUGUUGCACAGGCCCUAGAGGUCAUCCCUCGUACCCUGAUCCAGAACUGUGGGGCCAGCACCAUCCGUCUACUUACCUCCCUUAGGGCCAAGCACACCCAGGAGAACUGUGAGACCUGGGGUGUAAAUGGUGAGACGGGUACUUUGGUGGACAUGAAGGAACUGGGCAUAUGGGAGCCAUUGGCUGUGAAGCUGCAGACUUAUAAGACAGCAGUGGAGACGGCAGUUCUGCUACUGCGAAUUGAUGACAUCGUCUCAGGCCACAAAAAGAAAGGCGAUGACCAGAGCCGGCAAGGCGGGGCUCCUGAUGCUGGCCAGGAGUGAGCGCUGGGCAAGCUACUUCAAUGCACAGAACCAGCAGUCUCCCCUUUUCCUGAGCCAGAGUGCCAGGAACACUGUGGACGUCUUUGUUCAGAAGGGAUCAGGUUGGGGGCAGCCCCCAGUCCCUUUCUGUCCCAGCUCAGUUUCCAAAAGACACUGACAUGUAAUUCUUCUCUAUUGUAAGGUUUCCAUUUAGUUUGCUUCCGAUGAUUAAAUCUAAGUCAUUUGAAAAAAAAAAAAAAAAAAAAAAAG